AUGAUAAACGGAGUGGCGGGAUUUAAGGACGUUUUCGAUCAGAUGGUCCAGAGGUACGACGAAGAAAUCCACAGACUGAAAAGUGAAAACUGUCGGUUUCGAACUUUGUUGAAGGAGAAGGAAGUCCUCUACGACCAAAUAAUUGAAAAUUUCGACAACGUGAAUCAUCGAACCAGUGCUAAUUACCAGGAGCUCAAGGCAAAACAGGACUUACACAUUCGAGAUCUAACGGAGGAGCUGCAAAGGCUUCAGUGCGACAAUGAAGAAAAGGAUAUACUAAUUGAAAGUCUUAACGCGGAAAUCUCUCAACAACAGAGAGAAAACGGAUUAAUAAAGGACCUUGAAGAAGAAAAUAUGGAAAUGAAGACUCAAAUCGACCAGCUUAGAAUAGAAAAAGUAGAGUCUGGAAAGAUAAUUAACGGUUUGAACAUGGAAAUCCAGACUUUGCUUAAGGAUAACGAAAAAAUGGAAGGUCAGGCAGAGGACUUGAAAGAAGAGCUGGCUAAUUGUGAAACUCUGAAUUAUGAAAAGGACUUGCUGUGUGAUGAACUAAGAAUCGAAAAAUUGGAACAAGAACACAUAAUUAGCAGUCUUAAGAGGCAGAUCCAGAAAUGUGAAGAAGAAAAGGAAAAGAUGAAAAACGAAAUGGAAGAGAAGCUGGCUAAUAGUGAAGCUUUGAAUAAUGAAAAGGACUUGCUGAUUGGUGAAUUUAUUAAGGAAAAAUUGGAACAAGAACAUAUAAUUAGCAGUCUUAAGAGGCAGGUCCAGGACUGCGAAGAAGAAAAAGAAAAGAUGAAAAACGAAAUAGAAGAGAACAGAGCUAAUUUUGAAGGUGACAAUUAUGAAAAAGACCAAAUGAUUAAUAAGCUCAGGAUAGAAAACCUGGAACGAGAAAUUAAGAUUGACCAUUUCAAGAGUACGGUCCAGAAUUAUGAAGAAGAAAAUGAAAAAUUGAAAAGGGAAAUGGAAGACCUGCUGGCUGAUUGUGAAAAUUUGGACCUUAUGAUUGAUGUACUAAGAAACGAAAAAUUGGAGCAAGAAAAUACAUUUUGGAGUCUUAUGAGGCAGGUCCAGAACUGCGAAGAAGAAUAUGAAAAGAUGAAAAACGAAAUGGAAGGGAUAGAACAAGGAGAGUAUGGAAAUAUGAUUUGCGAUUUCCUUGAAUUACAGAGAGCUGAGAAAGAGGAAGAGAUACAAAUAAGAAAAAUUGCGGAAGAAACAAGUAAUCUGAAAGACGUGAUAAGGAUAGCGAGACCAGAACAAGAAUCAGAAUUGGAAAGAAACGACGAGCAGGGAACGAAGACCCAAGAGGAAGAGGAAACUGGAGAGAAGGACGACGCCGAAGAAUCAGACGAUAGCGACGAAUCAAAGGACGAAAGCUCCUACGAGAAUCAGCCAGGAGGAGAGGAGGAACGCGUAGAAGAACCAGAAGUGGAAGACACCUUCGAAGAAUCUGUAGGAGAAAAUGGCGAUAAUCAGUCUGGCGAUGAGGAGAGAGUCGAAGAAUCAGGAGAAGCCAGCAAAACACAAGUAGAAGAAAUAAACCUCUAUGGCACAGAGGAGACUCAGCUGGAUAGCUUUUGUUCAGAGUCUGAACAAAAGUUGGGCUUAGGACACAAAGCCCCUGAAGCAAAGGAAGAGGAAGAUGAUAUGAGCCAGGAAGAGGUGGAAGAAUUAUUAAAGGAAAUAAGAAAACUGAGAGAGGAGGAAAAACUCAUGUGGGAAGAGCUAUUACAGCGGAAGAAACUGGACGAGGAUAGAUGUCAGGAAUCAGAAGACGAUGAUUCGGAAGACAUUUUCCUUCAGUCGAUGGUUAAUGGCCCUGACACACAAGGGAAGGAGGAUGUAGGCGAGCAGGGCCAGCAAGAGCGAACGAGAUGUCAAGAUGAAGAAGAGGCGACAGCAUGGCAUGAAUUAGAGCAGGAAAUAAUAGGAAUGAGAAUGGAGCAAGAACAUAUGGCUAAGGAGAUGUUGGAGCAGCAGAAAAAGAGGGAGGAGAUGGAGAGCUUAUUACGAUUUAUUGGAGGCGAUGCCCAAAUGAAGACCAAGAAUAAAAAGAAACAUAGGAAAGGGAAUAAUAGGAGACGAUACCAAUGGAAAUAG